GAGUAAUAUUUGGGAGAAUUUUCUAAAAUUUGUUUGAGUGGCAUAUACCUAUUAGCAGAAGCAUCAGUUGAAAGAUAACGUUCCCAAACGUCAAGUGUCCAGCCGAAGGCCCGCAGUAGUCUGCAAUAUAAUUUAUUUAUUUAUUUAUUUAUGCAUAUACAAGAAGAAAGAAUGAGUUGUCAGAGAGGUAACACGAGCCGGAUACGUUGUCAGAAACAUCAGAAUAAAUCCGUUUUCAAGAACAGCCUCCAUGAUAGUAGUAAACGCACCAAAAUGAUCAAUAACCUGGAAAUUGCUGAAGUAUGUAAAAGAUGUCAAGAGGUGAUAGCGUGGAAAAUCAAAUACAAAAAAUAUAAGCCGUUAACUCAACCCAAAACUUGUGCCAGAUGUCACCAAAAGACUAUCAAGGAUGCCUACCACAUUUUGUGUAUUGCUUGUGCAAAAGAUCUGGAUGUGUGCUGCAAGUGUGGGAAGAAGGAAGAGAUUGUUGCUCAUAAAUCACCCACAGAAAUGGAACGGUUGCAGACAAUGGCACAGCUGGAUAUGGAGGUGAAAUGUCUUUCAGAACGCAGACGACGAGCAUAUUACAGGUAUAUUAAUAAACUUCAAGGAAAAAAUAAGAAAAAGAAGAAACUUGAUCAACCUGCAGAUGUGUCUGGAAAAGGAGAGGUUAAUGAAGAAUCUGGUGAAGAGGAAGGGGAAAAUGAUGAGCCAACACAUAUCUCAUUAGAAGAAUACUUCCAUAAUGCUCGACAGAAAUUGGAGGAGCUAAAGAAGGGAAUGCUUGAUGACAAUGACAUAUUUGAGGAUAUAGAGGACCUAAGUAUUGAUAGUGGGGAGGACGAUGAUUAAGUAUAUGUUAAUUUUGCUUUAUGAAACUAGAAAUAAAGUCCUCUUGAAUAAAUAGAAAUGUGUGUGGCAUUCAGAGUACUGUAGUCACAGAAUUAUGCAGAUUUUGUAUGUAAUUUUCAAUAAAUUUUUAAUUUAUAAUAAUUUAUUGUACUCAGUGAUGUUUUAUUAUUUUUAAAAUGUUGAAAUAGUAAAGUUCAAGUACAGUAUCUUCAUGGGAGAGAGAGGGUAUAUGAUACAGGAACUACGUAAGCAAGUUGCCAACAGAUAAGGGUCAACUUAAGGGUUUAAGUUGUUGGCAACUGGCAAACAUCAAGCUUUUUUUUUUUUUUAAAUCAACAUUGCUUCAAAUAUAUUAGUUUGACAAGUGCAAAUAUGAAAUAUAUCUAAAAAGAAACAUACUUUAAACAUUUUAACAUGUUGGAUCUGAGAAAGCUGUCAAAUCUCAGAAUUUUUAUAAAGCUGAUUGGGAUUAUGAGGUACAAUAUUUAAACCUGAUGUGUGUAGAUUAGGCAACUAUAAUAAAAGAAGUAGGAUA